CUCCUUGGCGCGUGGGCAGCCAGUCUCCGCUCCGGAAGCGGGCUCGGCGCGCGCCCCACUCGAAGUCGCGCGGCCUGGAACCGAGCUGGCCUGCAGGUCUGUGAGCUUAGCUCCAGGAGAAGCUGACUAGCAUGACCCAGGACAUGGGGCUUGAGAACAAACUGCCUGAACUCGGUGGCAGGAGGGAGUUGGGCCAGAAAGAUAAUGACAGCGGCAGCAGCUGGGCCAGCAGCAUCUCAGCACUGGCGCUGUCCUCCAGCGGCGAGGAGUUGCUGCAGCGCCGCAGCCAGCCCACCAGCCACAAGAUUCAGGUGGAGAGUGAAGACGAAGCUUCUGAGCCAGAGAUGGCCCUCAGCCUGUCUCCAGUACCUGUCAAGCCUAAACGGGGCCGGCCCCCCAAGAACAAGUCUGUGGAGCAGCCAAGCCAGGGGAAGGUGCAGCCCCCAGCCAGCACCUCCAAGUCCCAGGCCAUGAAGCCAGAGACCAAGGCGCCUGAGCUUUUCUUGCCCAGAAGCAAGAAGAUCCUUGAGAAUGACUCUCCCCUGGAGAAGCGCAAGCGGGGCCGGCCUCCCAAGGUGCACCAUGUCCCAAUCGCCCCCAGUGCUGAGUCUCCCCGCAAGCCAGGCCGGCCUCCCAAGGCAGGAUGUCCCCUGGUUGCCCACAGUGCUGAGUCACCCCGCAAGCGGGGCCGGCCUCCCAAGGCUCACUGUGUCCCAAUCGCCUCCAGUGCUGAGUCUCCCCGCAAGCCAGGCCAACCUCCCAAGGCACAGUGUUGCAUAGUUCGCCCUAGUUCUGAGUCACCCCGCAAGCGGGGCCGGCCUCCCAAGGCACAGCAUUCCAUGGUAGUGGUCACCACCAGCUCUGAGUCACCUCGCAAGCGGGGCCGGCCACCCAAGGCACAGCGUUCCCUGGUAGUGGUCACCCCCAGUUCUGAAUCACCCCGAAAGCGGGGCCGGCCUCCCAAGGCAGGGUGUGCCCCGGUCGCCCACAGUGCUGAGUCUCCCCGCAAGCGAGGUCGACCUCCCAAGAUCAAGUCUCUGGAGCAGCUGAGCCAGGGGGAGGCGCAGUUGCUAUCUGGCACUCCUAAGUCCCACAUGAGGAAGCUGGAGACGAAGGCCCCUGAAUUGUUCUCACCCGGGAGCGAGACAGACAGCUGUGAGAGCAACUCCCGCCUGGAGAAGCGCAAGCAGGGCCGACCUCCCAAGGUGCGCGGUGCCCUGGUCAUCCCCCAUACUGAUUUGCCCCAUGAGAGGCACCGGCCCUCCAAAAACAAAUCUCCAGAAAUCAACAAGGGAGAUGUGCAACCACCACCCGGUGUCCCCACGUCCCAUGUCAUGAAGCUGGAGACUAAGAUGCCUGAACUCUCCUCACCAGGGAGCGGGACCUCAGAACUGCCAGGGGAGGGGGAAGCACAGCCUUCACCCAGCACCCCAAAGCCACAUGCCCAGAAGCCAGGAUCCAGUGCCCCUGAGCCAGCCUCGUCCAGAAGCAAGACAGUAAGCAGUGAGCAGCCCCUGGAGAAGCGCCGGCGGGGCCGGCCCCCCAAAGUGCCCUGGGCCCCGGCUGUCCCCACCGCUGAAUCACCCUCCAAGCGCAAGCGGGGCCGGCCCUCCAAGAGCCCAGCUUUGCCCCGCAUAGAGGUGGCAGUCAUGUGCUCCGGGUCAGCCUCAGACCGUGACACCUCUGCUGAGAAUGAGCCACCUCUACCUGGCCGCAAGAGGAGGAGGCGGUGGAGGAAGGAGGAGCCUGUCCUGGCCGGCAGCGAGAGCUCGUUGGAUAGUGAGGAUGGGGUGGCCCCGCUCUGGCAGAAAGAAAAACCAGACUUGGGCAGUGAGACCUCGGCCCUGCUCCCACCCCAGAAUGCCGCCCCUGAAGCAGAGCCGGAUGGCAACUCGUUGGGGGAAAGCGGUGCCUCUGAACACCCUCCAGUCCGUUCCACCCGUAGCACAGCAGCAGUUAGCAGUAGCAAAACGGGGCCCAUCAGUGGCUCACUCAGAAUGUAGAAAAGGAGAAGAAAGGAACAGGUCUAAAGGGAAAAAAGAGCAGCCUUUAAAUCUUCAAAUUCCCACAGCACUGUCUGAUGGGAACAGUUUAACUCAAAGGCUUCGGUGUUCAUGGUCUGCUCCUUUCUCUCCUCGCUCAACUCAGGGUGCUGAACUUGGUGCUGUUGCCUGUGCUUUGGAAUGCUCCACUGGUUUCCUCAUACUCUUGCUUUCGCUCUCCAAUUCUGCAUGGCUCUGUAAUGCCCCCACCGAAUUCCAGCCUUUCUAAUAAACCUGCCCCUGAUCUUGCCUCUUUCCUUUCCUACAUUGCUUCCCUCGCUUCAUCCUCUCCCAUUGUUCUAAAGGUUUCCUAGAUUCCAAGGUCAGAAGAAACCAUUGUGAUCCUUCUAGUCUGACCUCCUGCGCUGGGCAUAGACUUUCUCCUCCCAUCGCUUAUAAAUUGCUUUUCCUUCUGUAUUCUGUGCUCUCCUCAGAUUUUUUCUUACUUUUUUUUUUUGUGGUGCUUGCAUUCUUUGUCAUUUUAUUGUUGUGUCCCUCACCUCGCCCUUCUCAUUUCAUUACUUGAUUUGUUUAAAGGUGCUCUGUUCUUACCAGAGUCACUGGUAAAUUCCUAAACCUUGAAGUGCAGCCUCCUUGUUGGGAAUCAGACCCCAGUCUGCUGCAGGAUGGGCAGUGAUAGUCACCAUUGUGCUAAUGAAGAUGGCUCCAUUUCAUAAUGAAAAUCUUAUCGCUAAUUUUUGCUACACCAAGUACUCAGGGGUGUCCAGGAAGUGAUGGGCUCUUUCCAUAAAAUUGUGAGCAUUUCUGUUUUAGCAAUCAGUCUUGCAGAGACCGUACCUGAUUUGUAGGCUCUGCAGAGGUAGAUUGCUGUGUUGUCAGAAACAAUAAAACAGGUGCAGGCAAAGAAGGAAUUAUCAUAGGACUCACUUUUAAAAUCUUACAUACCGAAAUAGAGAGCCAUGGAGAUUUGCUUUCUAAUGUAAAAAGGGAAUGGGGCACUAAUAUGACUGGUGCCAGAGCAAAUAUUGAAAAUUGGAUUUAUUUGGUUCAUGAUGUUCCCUCAGGAGGAUAGCAAGGGACUGAUAAAACCAGGCAAAGAUUGGCGAGAGUAGGUUUGUAGCCAGAGAUAGGAAAUGAUGUGAAAUAAUACUGUGAUGAUUGCUUGAUCUGUGCUCAAAAUGAUCUUGAAGUAAUAAGAACGGUGCUCCCCUUACAGCUCAUAAAGAUUCAGGGCCAUGGUCUCCUUUGCAGAUUCAUUUGGUGGGACUGUUACCUGCAAGUUAAAAAGGAAAUAAAUAUUUUAUGCUUCAGUAACGGCUCGUGUGUUGUAGUCCAGGUAUUCUCCUAUUGGGCCCUACUGGCAAAAUUGAAAUCAGAUUGAGGAACUAAUUUUACAGGAAAAAAAUCUUAGAAAAUUGUCUUUUGUUGUUGGGGACAAAACAAAAGUUCCACAUUCCAUACUGUGCUCAGGACAGGUGGAAAGGAUGAACAGAAUAGUCAGACUGAUGUUGAGAAAGUUUCUCUCUAAAAGGAAGAGACCAGGACAGUCUCAUUCCAUUACUUCACAUGCUAACUGGGCUGCUUUGCUAGUGAAAGAAAUUGCAUUUUGUUUGAGGUAAUGAUGCAUGGAGAAAUGAGACUUUCAAAGCGUCUAUAAAAACUAAUGAUGCACAGGACUGAGGGAAUAAAAAUGGAUGUUUUGUGUAAAAAAUUUCAAAGACUACCUUAAACGAGCACAUGUGUACAUAGCUAAUGAAUUGGGAAUAUCAAAGUGAAAAGCAUGACAUGAACUGUGGGUAAAUUAAACUCAUCUAUGUGUACUCGGAUUACUGGAAAUAAGAGAAAUGUGUAUAAAGUUUAGCAUGCUACCCAACUUCAGCUGUUUUAGAGACCAAAGACACAGAGAUAUAUCAGUGCACAGUGAAGAAACCCCCAGGCAUCGGAAGGAAAGAUAAACCUACAGAUGAGCCAAUUACACUUCCAUCUACUAUGUUAGAACUGAGUAUGCAGUUGGCUAUAGAGAUGUUACAGUGCCCUAAGGUUGGACCUGUGCUUGCCUACUGGUCUAACUGCUAUUUCAGUCCCUGGUGCUUUGCUUAAUAAUGUGCAGUUUAUGCAUGUAUCUGUUGUUUUAAAUCUUUCUCAAUGAAAUAUUGCUGAAUUUGUCCACUGUGUAAAAACCAGUGUAUUGGUGCUGUACGCAUCUUUGUUAUUAGACUUAAUAGCAUUUUAUCAGGGACAAGUGCAAAAUCUGGGAGCUGCUCAAUAAACUAUUACAUAGUCUGGUAUCUUUCAAAAUAGGCAACUCUGAAGUUUUGAGGGAAUUGUUUGUUCCAUUUUAGGAUUAUUUGGAUCAGGGAUGCCUUUUUCGAAUAGGCAAGAUCUGGAAAAUAUAAAAAGACUUAUUUAACUAUUUCAAGUACCAGGCAGUGGAAACAGUUUCUAAACCUAUAAUAUGGCAUUAAUGGCCUAACUACUGAGGAAAGGUAUAUUUUGUGUGUGUAUAAUAAGCAUGACAUUGCUAAACUGUUCAGCUGGACACGAAAAUUCCUUAAUUAAUAAAUAACAGGAAAGAAAAGGAACAUGGGAUAGGUAAGGAGAUUAUUUGCACAGUUUACGGAAGUUAUGUGUUAACUGCCAUAACCAGUUUGUCAGGUGAUGUUGAAGUGGAUAAAUUUCCUGAUUUUUAUCAAUGACAAAGAAGUAGCUAACUGGUGUUUCCCUCAGUGUAUUCAAAGGCUCUUGUAAACCGUCAGUGUCUCAGAUCCUGCAAACAGAUUCCCUUGAGCACAAUUUUUUAAUUUGGAGUCAGUGAUACCUCAUCAUGACAGAGGUACGUGUUGAUCUAAACAGUCUUGGCUUCCAUUGUCCAAAUUUUAGUGCUGCCAUGUUUAAUAAAUUGGCAUUUGUCCAGUCACUUGAUUACCUGGAAGAAAACAUCUACAGCGAGUGUCUGGAUGUACCACAGCUGCUGGUAUUUCAUUCAGCAGUACUAACCUGGAGCCCACUACACGUAGCCUGCUGCCUUUGACAUCGUAACUCCUGUCCGUGUCCAUGCCAGCCUGACAUGGCUCAAUGAGACAGAUGAACAAGAUUCUACAGCCUCUUGUCCUGCAAGGCUCAUCCAGUGGUGACAACCAGCAGUUAGGGCGACCUAGGCUCUGGAGAGAUGGUAUUGCAUAGUAAUCAGUUAAAAAAAAUUUUUAUAGAGACUUUGCUUGUGAUAUCACCGCUCCAACUUUGUUUGACCCACAGUGUUGCAAGUCAAACCAUAAUGUGUAGGUUGAAACAGGCAUCAAUGAAUCCAUUAUCCACAGUGAACCACAUCACCAGGAUGAAGUUAAAAAAUACCAGUUGUUUAACCUACACAUUGAUCCACUAACCUCAAAUGUAAAAACAUCAUUGGACUGAAGAGAUAUGCAUCUUACUCAAAUUAGCAAUGUCAUGCACAAAGCAGAAAAGGCUACACACAAUCAGGCAUGAUGGUGACGUAGAAAUACUUAGUUUAAUGCUUGGGUAGAGAUUACUCUUAAGGCUUUAAUUGUAUUGAUUUUGUGUUUGUCAGUUUUAUUUUGUCAUGUAUUUUGCUAAAACAGCCUAAACUUAAUUUAAAUGCUUUCACAUCAGCUACAUUUUUUUCCCCCAGGGUGUCACCCUGUUGCUAUAAUGGGGCGGGGGGGGUAUUAGCCAAUAUCUUAUUUCUGACAGUUUUGUAUUUUCUGCACUUACACUAAGUUCUGUAACUAUGAAGCAGACUCCUAGCAUGCUUUACGUUCAUGCUAAGCUUACAGUUGUUGACUUGUGAUCCCUGAGCUGAUUUUUGGAAGGUCCAUAUUUAAAAAGAAACUAUUUUCUCUUUGCUGGGAAUGGCUUGCUUACGGUCUCAAAUAAUUUGGUGGGUUGUUUGGAAAAUGAGUUAAAAGCUGGUCAGACCAACUCCAUAUACCAAGAUGACAGGAUAGUGGAAUCAUGUCUACUUAUGGUGUUUCUCCACUUACUGUUUCUUCCAUCUUCACCUGUGAUGCUUCUGGUGGUCUCCAUGAGGUUGUGAGCAUGUGCAAGGCAAGGAACCAUUUUGCUGUUUUCUUUUCAGUUGAGUAUUAACUCGUCUUCAGAUCUGUGUGAGACCCACCAAUGUCAGUGUGAUAAAUUUUACGUAGCUGUGUGAGUACCGUGAUCAGUGAUUUGUGCACUCUAACUUAAUCAAAAGACUAUGGAGUGAGCUGUAUAUAACUUCUGGUAUUUGUAAGUGUAGGAACUGUCAAACGAGAUGUAUAUUUUAAGGUUUGCCAAAUAACAGUGUACAAAAUACAGGGUAUAAAGUAAGAAGAAUGAUUGGUGCAGGUAUCUUGGGUGAAAAUGUCGGUAAACCUUGAAAAACAGGUGGGGAAAGUAGAUAGCAAUAGGGAAAUUAGAUCUUUGAUGUGACCGUGAGAUGCUGGUUUUCUGCCGUUGAAAAUGUAGGAUAUAAAUAUGUCAGCUAAGCUCAUGAUUUUGGAAAAGAUUGAAAACUGUGAGCCUGUAUCCCCAGCUGGUACAGUGCUAACCUUUGCUUUUCUGUAUUGUGCUGAUCUGUCUUUGCUUAAUAAACUGACCGAGCAUGGUUAGCUGAUGUGCCAUUGAUCAG